CCAUGGAUCAAGCAAAGCUCCAACGUCUUCAAAAUGCCGUGCGCAUCGGGUAAGCUUCGAACCUCUACAAACCCGCCGCAUGCGCGCGCCGAGACUAAUUCGAUCCGCAAAACAGUGGCAAGGNGUACUCCCAGAAGAAAGGUCAAGAAGGUCAACAGAUCCGGCGGUGGUGACGACAAGAAGCUCCAGGCCGCUCUCAAGAAGAUGAACGUUCAGCCCAUCCCUGCCAUUGAGGAGGUCAACAUGUUCAAGUCGGACGGCAACNUCCACGCUGCCAUCCCCUCCAACACUUUCGCCAUCUACGGCAACGGUGAGGACAAGGAGCUGACCGAGCUCGUCCCCGGCAUCCUUAACCAGCUUGGCCCCGACUCGCUCGCUUCCCUCCGCAAGCUCGCCGAGAGCUACCAGAGCAUGCAGAAGGGUGUUGAGGGUGAGGACAAGAAGGAGGACGAUGAUGACAUCCCCGACCUCGUCGAGGGCGAGAACUUCGAGGGCAAGGCCGACGUCGAGUAA